AACGAAAGCGCUUCACUGCAUGCAUUACAGCCAGGAAGGUGAAACGACACCGUGCCCCUCUUCCCCGCGGGCUGAUCCUCUUCUUCUUCCCUACACUUCCUCUUCUCUGCCGCCGGAAUACGAACCGCGUCGGUGACUUGCCGCCGUCGAGCAGGUUCUGAAAUUUAUAUAAGUAAAUUCCGAGGCGUCUACUUGGUUUGUCUCCAUCAAAGAGUUAAUGGGGUCGUUGAAGCGGAAGUCAAUUGGAGAUGCUGCUGGGGAACCAGCAUAUCCACAGAAGCUGCAGAAAGAGACUGCAACUGAAUCUGUAGUUUGCUUGCAUGAUGUGUCAUACCCUGAGGGUUAUGUGCCCACCCCACGCCCAGCCAAUUCUCAGGACUCAAAGCCUGCCAAGGAAUUCCCUUUUACUCUCGAUCCAUUUCAGUCUGAAGCCAUAAGGUGCCUUGACGAUGGUGAAUCUGUUAUGGUUUCUGCCCAUACAUCAGCUGGUAAAACUGUCGUAGCAUUAUAUGCUAUUGCCAUGUCUUUGAGAAAUAAUCAACGUGUCAUAUACACUUCUCCAAUCAAGGCACUCAGCAAUCAAAAGUACAGGGAGUUCAAAGAGGAGUUUUCAGAUGUUGGUCUUAUGACUGGGGAUGUUACCAUCGAGCCUAAUGCUUCGUGCUUGGUGAUGACCACUGAAAUUUGGCGUAGUAUGCAAUACAAAGGAUCAGAAAUAAUGAGGGAAGUGGCUUGGGUAAUUUUCGAUGAGGUACACUACAUGCGUGACAGGGAACGAGGUGUUGUCUGGGAAGAGAGCAUUGUUAUGGCCCCGAAGAACUCUCGGUUCGUAUUCCUCUCGGCCACCGUACCUAAUGCCAAGGAAUUUGCCGAUUGGGUUGCUAAGGUGCAUCGGCAACCAUGUCAUAUUGUUUACACUGAUUAUCGGCCAACCCCACUUCAACAUUAUAUUUUUCCCUCGGGUGGUGAUGGUCUCUAUCUGGUGGUGGAUGAGAAAGGAAAAUUUCGGGAGGAUAGCUUUCAAAAAGCUCUAAAUGCCCUGGUUCCAGCUAGGGACAGUGAUAAGAAAAAUGAAAAUGGGAAGUGGAAGAAGGGCUUCAUGGCAGGUCCAGUUGGGGAAGAAAGUGACAUUUUCAAGAUGGUGAAAAUGAUACUUCAGCGUCAAUAUGAUCCAGUCAUCUGUUUCAGCUUUAGCAAAAGGGAUUGUGAAUUUCUUGCAAUGCAGAUGGCAAAGAUGGAUCUGAAUGAGGAAGAUGAGAAAGUUAACAUAGAGACUAUCUUUUGGAGUGCCAUGGACAUGCUUUCUGAUGAUGACAAAAAGCUUCCUCAGGUUACAAAUAUGUUGCCCCUCUUGAAACGUGGCAUAGGUGUGCAUCAUUCUGGUUUGCUUCCCAUAUUGAAAGAAGUGAUUGAAAUACUAUUCCAGGAAGGUUUAAUUAAGUGUUUAUUUGCUACGGAGACAUUCAGCAUUGGUCUGAACAUGCCAGCAAAGACAGUGGUGUUCACAAAUGUUCGAAAAUUUGAUGGAGACAAGUUUAGGUGGAUAUCUAGUGGAGAGUACAUACAGAUGAGUGGUCGAGCGGGUCGUCGAGGUAUUGAUGCACGUGGAGUGUGCAUUCUCAUGGUGGAUGAGAAGAUGGAACCUUCUACUGCAAAAAUGAUGGUCAAGGGAAGUGCAGAUAGCUUAAACAGUGCCUUUCAUUUGAGCUACAAUAUGCUCUUGAAUCAAUUGCGCUGUGAAGAUGGGGACCCUGAAAACUUGCUCCGAAACUCAUUUUAUCAGUUUCAAGCUGACCGUGCAAUUCCAGAUCUUGAGAAACAAGCAAAAGACCUUGAAGAAGAGAGGGAUUCAAUAGUUAUUGAAGAAGAAGAAAGUUUGAAGAAUUAUUAUAACUUGCUACAGCAAUAUAAAAUUUUGAAGAAUGAUGUUCGGGAUAUUGUUCUAUCUCCAAAAUAUAGCUUGCCCUUUCUGCAGCCAGGUCGACUUGUCUCUAUUCAAUGCACUGGCAGUGAUAAUUCUCCAUCUUUCUCCCUUGAGGACGAAGUAACUUGGGGUGUCAUAAUUAAUUUUGAGAGAGUGAAAGGUUCUUCAGAAGAUACUGUAAAUAAGAAGCCAGAAGAUUCAAACUAUACAGUGGAUGUACUUACAAGAUGUUCUGUGAGAAAGGAUGCAAUUGGGAAGAAAACAAUAAACAUAAUCCCGUUGAAAGAGCCUGGAGAACCUGUUGUUGUUUCUGUUCCACUCUCUCAGAUUAAUAGUCUGAGUAGUGUCCGCUUGAUCAUACCGAAAGAUCUUUUGCCAUUGGAAGUUCGGGAAAACACUUUGAAGAAGGUAUCUGAAGUUCUUUCAAGGUUUGCAAAGCAGGGACUGCCUCUGCUAGAUCCCGAAGAAGACAUGAAGGUUCAGAGUAGUUCAUACAGAAAGGCAGUCAGAAGGAUAGAGGCGCUAGAAAGCUUAUUUGACAAACAUGAAAUCGCAAAGUCACCCCUUAUCAAGGAGAAGCUCAGUGUUUUGCAUAAGAAGCAAGAACUAACGGACAGGAUCAAGUCGAUUAAGAAACAAAUGCGGUCUUCCUCUGCACUAGCAUUUAAGGAUGAACUUAAAGCACGAAAGAGGGUUCUUAGGAGACUAGGAUACAUUACAAGUGAUGACGUCGUGGAGUUGAAGGGGAAGGUUGCCUGUGAAAUUAGUAGCGCUGAUGAAUUGACCCUGACGGAGCUUAUGUUUAAUGGUGUCCUGAAGGAUGUAAAGGUGGAAGAGAUGGUGGCUCUUCUCUCUUGUUUAGUAUGGCAGGAAAAGCUUAAGGAUGCCGCAAAACCGAGAGAAGAGCUCGAAUUACUAUUAUCACAGUUACAGGACACAGCUCGGAGGGUUGCAAAAGUUCAGCUCGAGUGUAAGGUCCAAAUUGAUGUGGAGAACUUUGUUAAUUCGUUCCGCCCAGACAUAAUGGAGGCAGUAUAUGCCUGGGCAAAGGGGUCAAAAUUCUAUGAGAUCAUGGAGAUCACCCAGGUCUUCGAGGGAAGUUUAAUCAGAGCCAUCAGGAGACUAGAGGAAGUCCUUCAGCAGCUUAUAGUGGCUGCAAAAUCCAUUGGGGAGACCGAGCUCGAGGCGAAAUUCGAAGAGGCUGUCUCAAAGAUAAAGAGGGACAUAGUCUUUGCUGCAUCUCUAUACUUAUAGUCUUCUAUGAUCUUCUGAAACUUGAGACCCAUCUUUUCAUCUGGCACGAUACCCAUCUCCAUACCCAACACUUGAUGAUCAUGAGAACUAUCCUCCCGAAGUGUCGGGAAGAACGAGGCUGAAGUUUUCCAUUUUUUGGCCCUGGAAUCCAUUAAUAUCAGGAGGAUGCACCAAUGAAAAUCAUUCGUCGAGAAUUAAUGGAGAUGUGCUCGGACUCGGGUGGCACAAAGCAUAAAGAAGAGAUAUUGGUACUUUGCCCAAGGAGUUGCCAAUUUUUUGUUUUAAGUGAUAAACUAUAGUUUAUGAUGAGUUGGGUAAAGUUGCCUAUGUUUUAAUGUGUGAUAUAUUCAGCUAAUCAGCAAUUAGGUUCACCUCGGGGUUGUUUCCGCAGUUUUAUCGGCAAUUGCUGGGGCGAAAGAUUUAAAUGGACUGAAGUGUUUUGAGAGGCUCCUGUUAAUGGCCGUCUUCAGAUUAACCAUAUGUAUUGUGUGAACAGAAGCAUCAUUUUCUAUUAACUACAAUGUCAAAGAAAA